AUGCUGGGCAUGACCUUCUUCGUGCUGCUAGUCAGCAUGACUUUUCGAACCACUCUGGCAGACUAUCAGUUGGUGCAAGAUUAUUCUGGAGAUGCCUUCUGGCAAGGCUUCGAAUUCUUCACGGACCCUGAUCCAACCGAUGGCCACGUCCAAUUUCAAUCUCUUGACGCCGCAAACGCAACAGGGCUUGCAGGGUUUAUAGAGUCAGGAAACUCAUCACUGGCCGUGUAUAUGGGUGUCGACACCGAACAAGUUGCACCCCAGGGUCGGGCCAGUGUUCGUGUUUCAUCGACUCAGACAUUUCAACAUGCUUUGGUGGUUGCCGAUAUUGCUCAUAUGCCUGGAGGUGUUUGUGGAACGUGGCCUGCAUUCUGGAUGCUGGGAUCAGACUGGCCCAACAAUGGCGAGAUCGAUAUUGUCGAAGGAGUUAAUGACCAGGUCACCAACAGCAUGACUCUUCACACGAACUCGGGCCCAGUCAUCAGCGACGGCGCACAUUUUUCAGGCGAAUUGGUCACACCGGACUGCGAUAUCAAUGCUCCGGGCCAAUCGAAGAAUGCAGGAUGUUCCAUUGGCGACAUAUCUAACUUGACAUUUGGGAGCGACUUCAAUUCCGCUGGAGGCGGUGUCUUCGCAACGGAAUGGACGUCGCAGUUCAUCAAGAUCUGGUACUUCCCCCGCGGCAGCUUCCCUGACGACAUUGUCAGCAGUAAUCCAAACCCCAGCGGGAACUGGGGUACCCCGAACUCUGUGUUUCAAGGAAGCUUCAACAUCGACGAUCACUUCAAGAAUUUGCAGAUCAUCUUUGACACCACGUUCUGCGGGCAGUGGGCGGGUCAGGUCUGGAAUACCACCUCUUGCGCGUCACUUGCGCCAACUUGCGAAGAAUACGUGGCCAACAAUCCCAAGGAUUUUGCCGGUGCUUACUGGGCGAUCAAUUCACUUCAAGUGUUUCAAGAUGAUGGUCAAGGAGGAGCAAAUACGACCUCCAGCCUAGCGUCAGCGGAUGGUGGCGGCGUCGGAAGCAUGGUCAGGCGUUCUCGAGCGGUCAGAUCGGCAUCGAAGUCGGGCGAAAGAGUGCUGCCGAUAUAUCUAUGA